AUGGCGGCAGUUCGAAAGACAACUGAAUCGACAUACAUUUUUCUCGACAUCAACGACAACACACUGGAUGAUAUUGACAAUUCGUAUCAUUCAGCCUCUCAAUUCGAUUUCCGUAGCCCGCGAUAUGGGCUUGGGGCUCUCGAUAGGCUUCCACUCGAAAUCAUCAACCUAGCACUCAUCCAGCUUGACAUGCAGACGCUGACUGAUUUUCGACAUGUCAACAGAACAGCAAGACUGGUAAUAGAUUCGAUCCCACAAUACAAACGUAUACUUGCUCAUGUACCAGCAGCAAUUCGCGGGAGCCUCAACAUAGAAACUGCACGGUUCUUUUCAUGCCUGGAUCUGUAUGAGAAACUAUCUACAGCUGAGUGUGAUAGCUGUGGCGACUUCGGCGGUUACUUGUACUUGGUCACCUGUCGUCGUGUUUGUUUUCUAUGUCUCACCAAGAAAAGUGACUAUCUUCCCGUCCUACGGAAAGAUGCAAUUCGCAAAUUUGGUCUUCGCUCUGAGCACCUAGCAAGUCUACCUUGCAUGAAAAGCUUCCCCGGCUGCUAUUCGCCUCGGAAGAUCAAAUGUCUGCAACGACAGACUUUAAUUGAUUAUUCCUCUGCACGACAAACUGGGAUCGCUGUGCACAGGACCAUCAGCUCUAUGGGGAAAGUACGCUUCGGAAAUGGCAUCCAAUAG